AUGGCUGAACAACUCGACAUGGGUCGUCUCAACAUCAACGACUCCCAGCACAACCCCCAGAACGGCUUCAACGGCGAGCGUUCUGCCUACAUCCCCCCUCACCUUCGCGGCCGUCCCCAGGGCGGUCCCGGAGGCCCUGCACCCAUGGACGGCCCGCCCCCGAUGAUGAACGGCGGCGGUCUCGGCGGCAGCGCGUGGGGCCCCGGAGGGUCAGUCAACACCCAGGACACGAAACAGGAAGGUAUGCUAACUGGUGACAGUCAGGGUCCUCCCCCUCAGAUGAACGGCGGCGGCGGUGCCGGUGGCUGGGCCAACGCACCCAACUUCACUCCCCGCGGUCGCGACGGUCCCCCAGGCGGUGGAUGGGGCGGUGCCCCUCGCGGCAACUUUGACCCCAACGCCUACGGCAAGCCCGGCGGCGGUGGCUCUGGAGGCGCCCGCGGGUCUGGCGACGGUGCCUGGAAGGACGGCAAGCACGUUCCCGGCCCGCCCAACCAGCGCCUCGAGCGCGACCUCUUCGGCAUGCCCAACGACCCCUCCAAGCAACAGACCGGUAUCAACUUCGAGAAGUACGAUGACAUCCCCGUCGAGGCCUCUGGUCAGGGUGUCCCCGAACCCGUCACACGUUUCACAAACCCGCCUCUCGAUGACCACCUGCUGAGCAACAUCGAGCUCUCCGGAUACAAGGUUCCCACUCCUGUACAGAAGUACUCCAUCCCCAUCGUCAUGGGUGGCCGUGAUCUCAUGGCUUGUGCCCAGACUGGCUCCGGAAAGACUGGUGGUUUCCUCUUCCCCAUUCUCGCCCAGGCCUUCCAGAAUGGCCCCUCUCCUCCUCCCGCACAGGCUCAGGGUGGAUACGGACGUCAACGCAAGGCUUACCCCACUUCGCUCGUCCUUGCUCCUACCCGUGAGUUGGUCUCCCAGAUCUUCGACGAAGCCCGCAAGUUCGCAUACCGCUCCUGGGUCCGUCCUUGCGUCGUCUACGGUGGUGCCGACAUUGGCUCUCAGCUUCGCCAGAUUGAGCGCGGCUGCGAUCUUCUCGUUGCUACCCCCGGUCGUCUCGUCGACCUGAUCGAGCGUGGCCGCAUCUCCCUGGCUAGCAUCAAGUACCUCGUUCUCGACGAGGCUGACCGCAUGUUGGACAUGGGUUUCGAGCCUCAGAUCCGCCGUAUCGUUGAGGGUGAGGACAUGCCUCCUACCGCUGCCCGCCAGACACUCAUGUUUUCGGCCACCUUCCCCCGCGAUAUUCAGAUGCUCGCCCGCGACUUCUUGAAGGACUACAUUUUCCUUUCGGUCGGUCGUGUCGGUUCCACUUCUGAGAACAUCACCCAGAAGAUUGAGUACGUCGAGGACGGCGACAAGCGCUCUGUUCUCCUUGAUAUUCUCCACACACACGGUGCUGGUCUCACCCUGAUCUUCGUCGAGACGAAGCGUAUGGCCGACUCGCUGUCCGACUUCCUCAUCAACCAGGGCUUCCCCGCCACCUCCAUUCACGGUGACCGCACUCAGCGUGAGCGUGAAAAGGCCCUGGAGAUGUUCCGAACUGGACGUUGCCCCAUCCUCGUCGCUACCGCUGUAGCUGCCCGAGGACUGGAUAUCCCGAAUGUCACGCACGUAGUCAACUAUGACCUUCCUACCGACAUUGACGAUUAUGUUCAUCGAAUCGGUCGUACUGGACGAGCUGGAAACACUGGUAUUGCCACUGCUUUCUUCAACCGCGGCAAUCGCGGAGUCGUACGCGAUCUCCUUGACCUGUUGAAGGAGGCCAACCAAGAGGUCCCUAGCUUCCUCGAGUCCAUUGCUCGCGAGGGCUCCGGCUUCGGUGGAGGUCGUGGUGGCCGUGGAGGCGGCCGUGGCCGUGGCAACGCUGCUACCCGUGACGUUCGUCGCAUGGGCGGUGGUGGUUUCGGUGGCGGUGGCGGUGGCCAGUGGGGAGGUGCUCCUCAAGGUGGCUACGGAGGUGGCUUCGGCGGUGCUCCCGGCGGUGGCUACGCUCCUCCAGCUCCCGGCGGCUACGGUGGUGGCGGCGGCGGCUUUGGUGGAGGCUACGGCAACCCAUCCGGCCCUGGCGGCAACUCUUGGUGGUAA